CUACAGAAGCUAGAAACAAUUCCAAAGCAGGCGUGCCUGCGUGCAUGCUUACGACUCUGGCCUUCCAAAGCAAAAGUGAAAACUCUUGUGAAGAAACUGAGAGGCUGAAUGGGUUAAAUGAAAUACAACUCUCCUUUUCCUGUGCAGUAAGGAUUAGUAACCAAACAGAAGCUGAAGAGAAGAGUACUGAAGUGCCACUGUUUGAACAAGAACUAUAGGAAACUGGUUUUUGAAGCUUGGCUGCAGAGUGGUGCACGUGUCUCCAAUUUUUGUGCUCACCUUUCACAGGCACAUGCAGAAGGCGGAGAUGAAGAACUUGUUCCUUCUGCUCAUGCUAACAGUAGUGCCACCUUCUGUAUUUUCAGGCCACCGUAUGAAACGGCAGGUGGAUGUCUGGGGGAGCUGGGGUGAAUGGAGCAAGUGCAGUCGGAGCUGUGGCGGUGGAGUCAGCUUUCGGCAGCGGCACUGCUAUUCCCAAAGGACAGAAGGUCCUUCCAGUUGUGUUGGCCCAACACGAAGCUAUCGGUCAUGUAAUGUUCAGAGCUGCCCGGAAGGCUCCCGGGAUUUUCGGGCAGAGCAGUGUGCUGAGUUUGAUGGGACAGAAUUCCAAGGAAAGAAGUACAAGUGGCUUCCGUAUUAUGGAGCACCCAAUAAGUGUGAGUUAAACUGUAUUCCCAAGGGAGAGAACUUCUACUACAGGCACAAGGAAACUGUGGUUGAUGGGACUACCUGUGAACCUGGCAAACGGGACAUCUGUGUAGAGGGUGUUUGUCAGGCUGUUGGCUGUGAUAAUAUGCUGCAAUCUGACAAGAAGGAGGACAAGUGCCUGCAGUGUGGAGGAGAUGGCAGCACCUGCUAUGGUGUGAAGGGCACUUUUGAUGUGACCAGCCUCCCCAAAGGUUACAAUCAAAUCUUUAUCAUCCCUAUGGGAGCCACAAGCAUCCAAGUUAAGGAGGUUAUGCCCAGCAGGAACUUUCUAGCUGUUAAGAACGUGCGAGGGGAGUAUUACCUGAACGGGCACUGGACAAUCGACUUCAGCCGGGCGCUGCAGGUGGCCAGCACGGUUCUGCACUACGACCGGGGCUUGGAGGGUGAUCUGGCCCCAGAGCUCCUCCAUGCCCGUGGUCCCACCACAGAACCCCUCGUCAUUGAGCUCAUCAGCCAGGAGCCAAACACAGGGGUACAGUACGAGUAUUACCUGCCCCUGCAAGGACAGGCCACGAGUUACAGCUGGAGCUACAGUUCCUGGAGUGAAUGCAGCUCUGAAUGUGGAGGAGGUUUCCAAUCCCGGCUGGUGUUUUGUACCAUAGACAAUGAAAUUUAUCCGGACUAUAUGUGCAGGAAUAAACCACAACCAGACAAUAACCGGACAUGUGGUCAUCAGCCUUGUCCCCAGACAAAACGGACUUCUUACGUCUAUCUGCCGCAAGCCUGGAGUCAGAGUGGAGCACGGAGCUCUCAGAUGAAGAGGUGGAAAACAGGAGAGUGGGGAUCCUGCUCAGCUACCUGUGGUGGGGGCACCCAGACUCGCUCCGUUUACUGCGUGGCCUUUGAUGGCCAGAGCUCGCAAGGGGUGGUGGAUAAUGCUGAGUGCAUGGCCUUUGCCCAGCAGCCUCGCAGCAGCCAGCCCUGCAAUGUGAGAGAGUGUGCCACCUGGAGCACGGGGCCCUGGUCAGAGUGUUCAGCCAGCUGCGGGGAAGGAGUCCAGACCCGGACCAUCACCUGCAAGACACAGCAGGGCUCUCAGGCUCAGGACUUUGCUUGUCUAAUGGAGCCAAAGCCAUCGGCCACCCAGCCCUGCCUUAGGGAGAACUGCAUCCAGGAAAUUGGCUGGCACGUUGGAGACUGGGGUCUGUGUUCCAAGAGCUGCGAUUCAGGCAUCCGGACACGCCAAGUCAUCUGUGCUGACGGUGACUCCAAAUUCUACAGUCCUGAGAUAUGCAAAGCCAGCCAGCCAGAGAAACCAGCCACCCUGGGUAGCUGCAACAUGCAGCCCUGCUACCUGCCACAGCAGGUCCCCAGUAUGCAGGACACUAUGGGAUAUGAUGUCACUCGCCAGUCCUUGCUGACACGUUACAACCCAAACGGCCACGCCCCAGAUUCUGGUGAUGAAAGGAUGCUCCCUGGGAACACCAUGAUCCACAGUACCUCUGGGAAUCACCACAUUCCAUCCACCAAGGACCAUGGCAUGAACUUGUUUGCUGUUCGCUGGGAACCCCAGUCACAUUUAUCGGGUUCCCAUCAGCUCGGCUUCUCUCAGGACCCCACUGCAGGGCCUGGCUCUCGGGACUGUCACCAGAGCCCACAUGGCUGCUGUCCAGAUGGGCACACUCCAGCUUCAGGCCCUUUGGGGAGAGGCUGCCCUUUCAGCACCUGUCACCAAAACAGUAGGUAUGGGUGCUGCCCUGAUGGAGUUUCAGCUGCCCAGGGUCCAAACAACAUGGGAUGCCCACAAUAUUACCGUGACAUUCGAAUGAGCCAAAAUCAUCCCACUGUGGCCACUCCAACAGCAAGCCAAGCCUUGUCCCAGCAGCAUCCCUCGGGCGAGUGCCGCAGUUCCAUGUACGGCUGCUGUUUUGACAAUGUCGCUUCAGCUUCAGGUCCUCGAGGGGAAGGAUGUCUCAAUAGGCCCAACCACCCGUACCCUGUGAUAUGCCUGCUGCCCAGUGCUCAUGGCCCCUGCACAAACUGGACCACUCGCUGGUACUUUGUGAGUGUUGUUGGCAAGUGCAACCGAUUUUGGUAUGGUGGCUGUCAUGGCAAUAAAAACAGCUUUGCCUCGGAAGAGGAGUGCAUGAGAGUGUGCCACAACUCUGUGGGGGUCAGUCGUCUGGAGCACCAGCCCUCUUCUGGCACAGGAGCCCUGCAGCGCCAGCAGACUGGCUCCUACUCUCCUACAGGGGCUGCUGAGGGUCAGCAGCAAUCACUCACAAGACAGUUUGCAAGUCACAGCCAAGAAGGAAGAACCUAUGGGGCUUCAAACCCUACACAAGGCAGCCGCAGACAGGACAGCUGGAGAAGUGAGGUGCUGUCAGAGUCCUUGCCAAGGACUGGUAUAUUGGAGAGCCAGCGCUGGAACACACGGCAAAGCAGGUUGGACAGCCUGAGCCAGCUGCACUUGCGGGAAACAGCAGUACCUGGGCCCUCAGAGAUCCAGAGCAGCAGUGGCCAGCAGGUGCUGCCCCGUGAAGGCAAGCAGUGGCAUAAGGCUUUUGGAGCAGGUGUUUCCAUGACGGAGGGAUUUGGGCACCAGGAGUCUGCAGACUUGUUCCCAGCACAGGCUCUGCACAGAACAAUCUUGGAGGAAGCCAAGCCCUCUCUUGUGACAGCAGUUGUGGGACAAAACAUCCAGCUGGUCUGCAAAACAGGCAUGUCCCCGCUCUCCAGAGUGGAGUGGAUGAAGAACAGCCGACCAGUCUCCUCUGACAGGCACACCUACCAGUCUGACAGCUCCUUGGUGAUCAGCCACGUCAAGCCAGAGGAUGCUGGGAUGUACACAUGCCUCACUUCUGAUGCGAAGAAGACAGAGAGCCGACAGAUUCAGUUACAGAUCACAGAGUACCAGAGCACUGUUCUGGCAGAGGGUGAGAGAGGUCGGGUCCGUCACAAGGAAAAUCAGCAGCUUCGAGAGUUAUCCAGAGGCAGGAAAGUUGUACAUGCAGCCGGGUCCCCUGUGCAUCAGCAAUUCACAUACAGGUUGAGAAUGGAUAAGAGUGAGCCCACAGUAGUGAAGGCCAGUGUUGGGGAGAGAGUCAGACUGCCCUGCACAGUGGAAGCAUCACCCACUCUCACCAUUGAGUGGCAGAAAGAUGGGCAGCCCCUCUCCUCUCCCAGACACAGGCAGCAGUCAGAUGGGGCCCUGGUGAUCAGCCGGGUCAGCCCUGAAGAUCUCGGCUUCUUUACCUGUGUUGCCUCGAAUGGACGUGACCUGGACCGGCGCCAGGUCCUGUUCCGACCCCUAGGAGAGCUGAGGAUCACUGGUCUUCUGCCAAGCAUCAUGGUACCUGAAGGAGGUACUGCUCGGCUUCAUUGUACAGUGACUGGCAACAACGUGAAUAUAAGGUGGUCAAGGAAUGGAGUCCCCAUGCGGGGGGAUGGCCACCACAUCCACCUGUCCCAGGAUGGAAGCCUGAUCAUAAGCAACGUCCAAGAGGCUGAUGAAGGAUCCUACACAUGCAAUGCCUACAGCAGGAGUAACUCUGUCAGUGCCAGCACGGAGGUGAAAGUGCUGAGGAACAGGCCUAGCACUACUACGAGUCAUGUUGUGGAUCUGAGUAGAGAGUGCGUGGACCAGCCCCACCUCGCCAACUGUGACCUGAUCCUGCAGGCCCAGCUCUGUGGUAAUGAAUACUACUCCAGCUUCUGCUGUGCCAGCUGUGCUCGCCACCGAGCGCAGGCCAGCGCACCGCAUCACCGCGGGUGACAGGCACCCCCACGGAGAAGUACAGGUGACCCAGGACAAGGCUGGAAGUCUGAACUCUGUUCUUUGACUGCAUGGGACUGUUCUGGGAGCUCCGCGCUGCUGCUCAAGAGGGUGAAUUGAACAGUGUGUAGUGGGUGUAAAGGUUCAAAUGUGGGAGACCCACUACCCCCAAGUUUAUUGUAAACUCCUUUUCCCCCCUGUGUGUCUUGCUGUACCUAAUCCAUCUCUUCAGGGUAGUUGCUGUCAUUCACAUAACAAGAUAAUAUUGGGAAAGUAAGGAUGAUGUGACUAGAGAAAGCAGAUAACCAGCAUGAAAGAGGGAGACACCAAUUCUUUAUACAAGUAAGAGAGAGAAGUGCUCUUAAAAAAUAAUCUCUGAAGUGUUUGAAGUUGGGCCUGAACCACCUUAACCAAAGCACUAAUGAGCAAUGAACAUUUGUAAUCCUGAGAAGUGCUUUCCAUCUCAAUGCAAACAGCUAAAUGAGAGACAGCUGGAUGCAUAUAAAAUUAGUGUUUGGGUUCCAGGGGCUUACUAGUUCUGGGGUUGCAGCUGCAAUGUCAGGUUACUGUAGCUGUUUUAUUCCAGUAGACUUUAGACAAAUUUCUAGUAGGGUCAGUUUGGUUUCUACUUGACUAUAAUCAGCUUUGGAGUGAAACACAGGAGCAGUGCUUCACAGAAAGAUUAAGACAAAACAGAAAAAUACUUCUAGCCCUUCGUGAAUGUAAGGGGUAAUUUAGAUGAAUAUGCCAACACUGUUAGCUGUUCUGAGAUGCUGCAGUUUAAAUAUCACUCAUUCUAGGAAGGCUCAACACAAAUAAUUUUUUUCCUCAAACCAGAACUGUGCUGUUCAAUUUAUCGCAAAACUGGGGUCGGCGGUAGCACUGCGCUGAGUUUCAGCUUGGAGGAAACAAAUAGUAUACACAUAGAAAUACAUGUGUAGGUGCAUUUGACUUGACAGAAUAAACCUCCCAAUGAUCUGCUGUAGUCUCAGUUAAGUCCUGGAUGGCCUGGCUUUCCAGGAAAAAGUUAGUUGUCAGGGAAAGCCUGGUUCUGCAUGUGGCCUGGGCUGAUGCCUGCUGCUAUGGGCUAACAAGUUAGGACUUCCAGAUGCACAGUAGCUGUAGCUGAAAAGUAUCCUUCAUUUCAAGACUAACAAGGAUGAGGCUCUGAAAGUCUCAGGCGGAAGGUGAGAUUAUAUAAUUAUAUUCCUGUUAAACCAGGAAAGGCCCUUGGGCAUCUUCUGUAUCUCAAAGUGGAAUUAUUUCUGAGCAAAAGCAUUUUUUUUACAGCUUCUACACUAUUGUUUUACCCAAGCAUCAGCCCUGACACUCCCCUUCUUCCUCAUUCCAAACUCCCUGCUGAGACUUGGAUGGGUUGACCAUACUAAUUAGCAUCAUUACCCAUGUAUUAUUUGCAUAGAUGUAGCUACAAAUUAGGAGACUGGUGUGUAGAUGCUGAUGUUUUGUUUGGGGGAGGGUGGAUGGUUUUUUUUACUUUUGUCUUCUACUUGUGUUACUUUAAGACUUCUAAGGAAGCAGCUAAUUCAGGACUGUGCUCACACCACACUCCUUCAGUCCCGACUCAGUACCCAUCAGAGCAGCAGCAAUAUAUAGGUGUAAAUCCUCAGGCUGACAGCCUAAAGCUGGUUUGUACUCUAAGUCCAGUAAAUCAGUUUGGAUGAACCUAAAAAUAAGAAUUACUGACCUGAUGAUUGCACUCUCAUCGGCACGGGUGUGGCUUCAGGACUGAACACACUGCUUAAAGAUGUGAACAAAACUGUGAAGGCUAGAAGCAAUCCAGUACAGGAGUGAGAGGUGACAGUCACACAGCUAUUUGGGGCUGGGUCUCUCUCUGUGGUCUGAUAGAUUCUGUUUGCUAGAGAAAAUACUUAUUUUGCAGUUAAGACCCUUUAAUUUGAUCAGGGAAAACUUCCUCUGCUGUAAUGCAGGGCAAGUGUUACAGUUAAGUUUUGAAGUAGAAAUCACUGGCUAUUUAAGAACAAUGAGAUAGUCCUGAAAAUUUCAAACUGUGUUUGUACAUAUUUUUGCAUUUCACAGCUCAGACCAGCACCUUUUUGUGUAUUUAGGAUAUUAUAGUAGGAUUUUGUCUUUUGAGACCAGAGGACUAAUCACAGACGCUGUAAAUUCCAGUCUUAUUGAAGCCCUCAGUUUAUAUGUGACAGGCAUCCACGGGUAGUCAAGGGCUGCAAACCUGCUCGGGGGCAUGGUUAGAAGGUGUAUCAAGACUCUUGUCCCAGCGUAAGUAGUCAGUUCUAUAAAGUUCCUUUCUACUAUGUCAGAGGCGCUAUUUUUAGAGUAUUUAAGUAUUCUCUGUAGUCAGCUAUCAUUUAAGCUGUGUGGUUACAAAAGAUGGGGUCAGAAAGUGCUUUCUCAAGACUUAUGAGGGCUGCAACAGCCCCCUGCAUUCUGAUAGCCAGGACUUUGACACUGAAAAUGUUUUGUUUAGCGGAGAGUUUAUUCUGACCUCCUUUCAGCUGCAUAACCAUGGCAGGAUGGAUGAGAUUGGCAGGCAUGCAGUUCCCUGCUUUAAAUACAUGCCAUCACUGUAAAAGUUAUCUAAUGGGUCUUUACAUUUCUUCUAUUUGACAAGAUGAGCUUCUCCCUCUCUAUAGUACCACUUACUUAACCACUUGACUCAAUGUUUACUUUUUUUAUCCAAGAAUCAAGAUGUUAAUUUUCUUCCCUAAACAAUGGAUUGUAGGAAGUUCUUAUCUCUAGGGCACGAGAAGGGUGUAGCUAUACUGGGCUAUUUUCAGCUAUCUUGGGGCACUUACUGUGAAAGAUAUGAAACUAACAGAACAACUUAUAGCUACUCUAUUUCCUACUAUAAAUGUCUACAAUUAUGUUAGCUUUUUGGAAGCUGAAAAAAGCAUUUAUACCAAGUCAAAUACCAUAGGGAGUGUUUCCAUUACUGUUCAUAUCAUACUGAAAGCAGGUAAAAAUCUGUAAAGUAAAAAGUCACCGGUUUUUAGACUGUGUCACUGUGUGACUCACUGUACUUGCCUGGAAAUGGAAGCUGCUGGCAAGCUCCAAUACAAGGGGCAGACAAAGGAAGCAUUUCUUCCCCUUCGCGUUACGGAGUCUGACUUCCCCUUCUGUCUAAACUGACAUGGUGCCCAUAAGAAUGCAGUGAGAACCAGUCGUACUAACAGGGUAGAUAUGAGCUCACUGGAAGAACAGAAAAAGAGUGAAAACACACCAUCAUCUCAUAGGGCUCCUUUUAGUAGUAGGGAAAAGAAAAACAAAGCGAGUUUUCCUCUUUGCCCUCACUAAAUGUUAAUGUCCUCAUAUUUGUCUCUCUGUAAAUAUUCAGUGACAGAAAAUGCAGUGAUGCAAACCUAGAAUCUGAUGUUAUCAGUAAUGGCCUCCAUUUUAGAGCUUUAUAUGGUUAUGGGUCACAAGGAUAUUUUGCAAGUUCAGUCUUAAAGUUCAAGGUAACCUUACAUUGUAAUAAACAAGAGGUGUUAAGAUAUUAUUCUUAAGCUUUUAGGUUGGCAAGCAGGGCUUACCUAUAUUCGCCUAACAACACAGAAGAUACCCAGAAGGGCAAAUACUGAAAACUGAAUCAGGGUGGGAAAUAAAACUUUCACAGACAGUGCUUCUACCACCAACAUUUAUUUCUGUUAAAGCAGAUUAUAAAUCAUCAGUACAAAUAUAUAUAACUUACAUUUGCUUGUAAGGCCAAAGUUUAAAAGUAAAGUUAAAAUGAGAUGGUUUUCACAAGUCACCAGAGGCAGAACCUGGACCAGCUGCAGCCUUAACCACAAGGUUUCACAAAUCAGUGGGAAAAAACAAAA